GUAAGCUUUAGCGGCUAAGCUAGCGUCCCCUCCGGUAUGUAUUGAGUUAAUGGGUCCGUAUCUUCACAUGAACGCCGCUGCUCGUUUCAUAUGAUGCCAACCGUCCACGUUAGCUAGCCCGGCUGCUAAAUGUGAGGGGAGAGGGGUUUGUUCCUGCCCGCCGCCAGCAGCCAGCAGCAGCAGUUUACGGGUAGUCUUGACUACAGCUGGCUCCGGUCGCCCGGUAAACUUCCUCCUCCGUGUGCGGAUGAGGUAGUCCACAGGCGGUGGAUACAUGUCUACCUCUCAACCACGAGGCGAGCGACGACAGGGAAACCUCGCAGUUCAUGUUUCGCCAAGAAGUCAGUGUGUCGUCUUUUAUUCCAUCUUGUUCGUAUCUUUUCCAACACGAGAAGAGGAAUAUGUCCAGAUAUAACAUAUACAGCCUGCUGGACUGGAUCUACGGCGGGGUGGACCCGAAGUUUGAGGGGAACGGGGGCCCCGAGUGUGCCGCCUUCCUGGCGCCCCAGCAGCGCAUCAGUGAGAGUCUGGUCAUCGUCCUCCUCUCCCUGCUGGAGAUCGCGGUCGCGCUGAAGAAGAUCAACCUGUCCAAAGAGCUCCGGGUGGUGGGCAAGGACUGCACACGGACGAAGGAGGACAGCCUGGGGAAGAACUUGUUGCUGGUCGCUCUUUGCAUGACUUUCGGAGUGGAGGUUGGCUUCAAAUUCGCCACAAAGACCGUGAUCUACCUGCUGAACCCGUGCCAUGUCGUGACCAUGGUCCAGAUCUUUCUGCUGGCCUGCCCGCCAUGUAAAACAGCCAUGGUUGUGUUUAGACUGCAGGUCCACAUGCUGAAUGGAGCCUUACUGGCUUUAAUGUUCCCCGUCGUCAAUACCAGACUGCUCCCGUUUGAGAAGGAGAUCUACUACAUCCAGCACUUCAUGCUCUACCUGGUUCCUCUUUACCUCUUCAGGAAAGGAGGUGUGUACAAGCCUGAGCCUCUGGGAGACAUGUGGUGGGCGCUGCUCUCCACUGGCAUCCUCUUCCUCUACCACUUCCUCUUCUUGCAGAUUCUUGGCCUGGCGACCGAGGUGAACCUGAACAACAUGCUGUGUCCGGCCGUGUCCGACCCUUUCUACGGGCCCUGGUACCGGAUCUGGGCCACGGGCCACCAGACGCUGCUGACCCUCAUCCACGGGAAGAUCCUCACCAUGCUGUCGCAGCACAGCGGCGCCGUCUGCAGAUACACGCUGGACACACUCCGACUGCGCAGCAAGAAAGUCGACUAAGGCGCCGCGCUCGGAGCCCCCGCUCCCCUGCUCAUCGUUGAGAUUUUAUGUUUUUUAGUCAGCCUUUUAAAGCGUCUUUUUAAGAUUCACCAUCCGUUUUACUCCAGCAACAAGCAUUUCAGGGCCCGUGAGCUCGUGUCUUUCUUUACGUGGCGCCGUCGGCUUGCAGACAUGCGCGCAUGCUCGUGCGUUUCCAGGACGGCCGGUCGCCGAGCCGGACGGAUUGUAUACAGUGUGAGCGAACAAGGAGAUUUCUCUAGCUGCCUUUUUUUUGUUUUUUUUUUUGUUUUUUUUAAAUGUCACGUUUUGAGGAACGGGAAGGAGGAGUCACCCUCACACCUCGGUUUCUCGCUGUGGAUGUUGCUCUGCGUUUUUAUGUUAGUGGGUGAAGCUGCUAUGUUGUCGGCGCCUUGAAGCAGGUCGCGGACGUUACUGCUUGUCUGUAGUGCGAGGACACGUUCGAUCACCUCUCAGUGUUGUCACAAACGGAAUCGGAACUCUCACCUUAUCGAAGCGUCACGUUUGUAAAUGGCUUCCUCUGCCUUUUUUUUUUUUUUUUCUGUCUGUUCAGAUCAUUCCAGCUGUGAUAAUCAAACGUCACGAGGAUGUUUCCCACGCCGCGGCUGAAUGAAUCGGUUACGGAUCGACGCCGGGAUGUUAUUUUUAAUAACCUCUGACUCGGAGGGCGCGUUUUAUGUUGGACCUUAUUCAGGAAGGUUUAGCCUCGAGUGAGUCGCCGGGAUUCAAACGUUUUUUUUUUUUUUUUUUUUUAUGCCAAGACGUAAGGGAUUUUUUGGCAGGAGAUGCACCUGUGCUGGAGUCGCGCGCCGCGCCACUCGAGGACGAGUGGACGAGCCGAUUUACUGUGGAUUCAGUCGCACUCUCACGUCUGUACAGAAACACAAUGCUUCAUAGAUCUGCAUGAACUUGAAAUGGGUAUUUUAUAGGUUACCCAGUGGAAAGGGAGUAUUAACAAACGCUGUCAGUCACGGUAUAUUUCAUUUCAAGUAUGAAAGGUGUGUGUUACUGUAGCAUAUUCUAUACUUCACUGUAAAGAAAGGGAUGAGAGAGACUUUUGUAUUUUUCUCAGUUUGUGCUGUAUUGACAAAUAAAAGUGAUUUCAGUUGAC